UAUGGGAGCGUUUGGCCUUAAAUUGAACCUAUACGUAGUGUCACGGAGAAAAGCUGUUGCCAUAGUAACCGGCAGCUCUUCCCUCUCAUUCCCAUCUGCCGUAGCCGUGGAGGGCUAGGAAUGCAUGGCUAGCCAAGCAUGAGAUGAUUUGGCGACGGACUUCAUGAAUAUUUUAGACCAUUUUUAAGCAAGAGCCAACCACCCCGUGACUGUUUUCUGCUUCCCUUCAAAUCUCGUUUCUUUGUGCAUUUGUCUAUGUGUGUGUUGUAUGGUUUUAUGUGUCAUUUUGUUUGUUUGUUUGUUUUUGAAUAUGUCAUUCUUUUCUUCUGAUAUCAAUUGUAGACUUUGUGACAUGGAAGAGAAAAAGUACCUAAUUAGCUGAUAAAUGUCGAGAAAAAAAAAUUGUCAUUUCAGAAUGUCAUUCGAAAUGGGCCUGUUUAGCGUUAUCAAAUUCCACCGUCAUCGAUUUAAUAGCAUGAUCGCUAAUUUUAUAGCAUAGAACAAGCGUACGUGUAGAAGAUAGCGGUGCCACAGUUACCUUGCGGUGUAUUGAGGUCGGCUUGACCUUAUGCAUAGCGGUACCAUGCGUGUAUACGAUCACGUCGAUAGCAGUGUGGGUGAGUGCGGCGAUGUUAAUGAUGGUGGUUCAUUGCGCCUUCCUCCAGCAUCAACCCCAUUCACCGUCUCACUGAGCUUUUUGUCUUAAGCCUCCUGGAGGUCCUUACUCUUUGUUUAUUUUGUAUCGCUACGUCCAAACAAGAGAAAUCUUUCAAAAAGCUUACUUGCAAGCUAUGGACGGAUCGCGGAGCGCAUUGCCCCGGUGUGCCUCACUCUAACUGUCAGGGUAUCUGUCACACAGUCAGGAUGGAUGUCACGGGGGUAGGGGCUGCAUGGGAAAGCGAGACUACCUCGAAUGGACUGGAUUACACGACUCUGCUCAGGAUACGGCACAGUUACUCCCGAAAGAUAGUAACGAACAAGAGAUGUGACUACUGCAACAAGUCUAUGUUUCUCUUUGCCCUGCGAUGUAAAGAUUGUAGGUUCAAAUGUCACCGAAAGUGCGCCCAGAAUGCCUCACCUCGUUGUGUGCUCAACUUACCGGGUCAUAAAUUUCGAGCUUCUUCGAAACCUCGUCAGCAGUCCCGUCCCAAGAACCGUGCGGUACAACUUGCCCGCCAGGCGGAGCCACCAUACGAGCGGUUGAUAUACACACCAUCAUUCACACCGAGUCGUCACCGAGAAGGCUUGUCUCUUCUCAAGCAGUGCCAGUGCCCCACCAGCUGUGGAUUGGACGCUACCGACAUCCGCCGCGCCAGUGAUUGCGACGCGUGCAAGAGACUACAGGCCUCGCCCCCCGACAGCCCCAAAUACACCAUCGGGGUCAGAACUCGAUACUCAUUGCUACCACCGUACCAAGAUUUUCCUGGAAAACCUGACAUGAAGCAAGACUGUGGGACGGCCCGCCAGCAGCUAGAAGAUCUCUCUGACCCAAGUAAGACUGAUUACCAUGGCGACCCCGUGAUCUCAACCCCCAAACGACCCCUCAUCAAGACCCAGUGGGUGCAAGAAGGGACAUGGUCGAAUGUUUCCUCCAUGUCCUGCGGUUACUAUUCCUCCAACUCGGAGUGCAGCUCGGAAGUUUUCCAGGCGCAGGAGGAGGACAGUGCGUGUCUGUGUAGCUCAGGGUAUGGGCAGACUACCGUCGAGCUGAGUAGGACCGAGAGGCAUCGUAAAUGGAGCCGCGGGGAGCGAUCGAAGACUGUGGAUGCCACUGUAACGAGGAAGAGAGAUACAGACAUGGGAAAAUCCUUAAUCGCCACCUGGCCCCCACACGGUCAUAGUAACAUCAAAGCAGGUGCCUCACCUGAGUCACUAGAUGAUGCACAUCGAAUGUGCGACUCCCUCGCAGCGUCUAAACAUGUUGGUGUUGUUGACCAUGACAUCCGAGAAGCCGUCAAAGAAUGGUGGAUUCCCAACAGUGAUUUGAAGUACGGCAUGUGUCUACGAGCUGGCCGCAAUGGAUCAACUUACAGAGGCAAUUGGCACGGCGAGGUGUUGAUUCACACAAGGCGCCACGUGGAGGACGUAGAUGCCUUCCUGGAAGAAGUCUCCGUCUUGAGCAUGAUCCGACACGAGAACAUCGCGCUCUUCAUGGGAGCGUGCAUCGACCCGCCAAACCUAGCCAUUGUCACCUGUGUACAGAAAGGCCCCUCCCUCUUCCAACACCUUCACAUCAAGCAGAGUAAGUCACCGAUGCAUUCGCGGAUUCACAUCGCCCGGCAGAUAGCCCAGGGCAUGGGGUACUUGCAUGCCCGGGGCAUCGUGGUGGGUGACCUCAAUACUAAGGCCAUCUUCCUAGAGUCAAAGGUCAAGCUGUGUCUGACUGGCUACGAUACCACCGAUGGCAUGUGUGACAGGGAGGACUAUGCAACUGUUCCCCAGGGUCACCUGACCUAUAUUGCGCCUGAAAUCCUACGGACCAUGCGGGUUCAACCACCAUAUGUCAUUGAGGCAGAACCACACACCAUCGAGUCCGAUGUGUAUGCCUUUGGUACCGUGCUGUAUGAGCUGUUGACCUCCCAGUGGCCAUUUGCAAGCACAUUUGCGUGUACAGACAGUGUCAUAUAUCGUGUUUGCAAUGGGAAAAGAGCAUCACUUGCUGGAGUCAAGUGUGUCCCCUCUGUAAAAAGUUUAGUUGAGGACUGCUGGUCCCAUGAACCUACACUACGUCCAACCUUCCAAGAAAUUGUGGAAGAACUCAACCAGAAUGCGGCCUUGGUUAACAUGAAGCACAGUCUGUCCGAACCAGACCUGCUCAAUCGCGUAGGACGACCUUGGUAGAGUCAUCGAACCAACCCACAAAAAAAGGACGAAACAAUGCACGGACCUCGAUGUGAUCGUGACCAAAGGUGUGAACAGCUGGGCUAUUGAGGGCGCCCCAAACUGGUCGCCAUGGCGAUGCCGGGAGCUUGCGGUUGAUGAUGUAACUGACAACUUGACACGCCCUUGGUUCGACCAGUGGAGAAAUUGGGAGGGGGCAAUUUGUCUUUUUGACAUUCCGGUAACCAUGGCAACGAACAAUGCAACAAACUGGUGCUGGCUCACCUUGUUUAAGCUAAGUAAAAAUCUAUUGGCUGUCUAUCUCCUCCGUUUAUAAUAGUCAAUCCACGUAAGUCCAAUUUACAGAGGAGAGUUUUGCCUCAAACAUGUCCUUAAAGUAUAUUUUCAAACUCCGUUUUCCCAUACGUAGACCUUAACAGUUACGGUUACUAAAGUGACAGUAGUUUCAUUUUUCAGGCCGUCCACUGAGGAUAGCUGUUAAGUCCCCUUUAGUUAAUUUUUGCGUCACUGCCAUUGUACAAAAACACAUUCAUGUAACUUAAGUUUGUUGAAAUUAUUCAACUAUUCCGACUGCAGCUGAUGCGUGGUUACUUAGGAAUUGUGUAUUCGCUGGUCGUUGGUCCGGCUUUAUAUUUGAACAUUUUUGUUGCAAGAUGAAAAUGAAUUCAACAGUUUCUAUCGAAAACGUGCAUAAAAUGCCUUGGUUGGGGGAAAGGGAGAAUACUGCUAUGUGCUGUAAUGCUUGAAAACCUAUAUAGGGUCCACAAAAAUAAUCUUCUAAAUUGACUAAGGAAAACGUGGCUUUGCUGAAGCUUGUGAAAGAAAGCCCGUGUCAUCACAUAAAGGGCUAUACGUCACUUGAUUCCAACACCUAAGCUGGAACUUUUUCCGUUUGUACCUUUCCCCUACAAAAUGCUUAACCCUCCGCUGCACAGGACCGAUUUUUUAUUAAUGUGACUUGGUCGACGACAGUUGCAGAAAGUUGAACGUUUAGAUUGAUGAUAUGGGUUCAGAGGCAAUGUAUGAAAUAUAUGACGCCAUUUUUGUUGUGGGAUUUAUAUUGGUUUGGUUUGCAGUGAAAAGAAAACUUGUCCAAGUAUGCAAUUCAAUCGAUACAGUAAAUUCCUAAACAUGGACCAACGAGUGAAUGAAUCGAAAAGGAAGAGAAGAAACAAGUUAUAAAAAAAUGAAAUAUGAAAACCGUGUUGUUAACGAGAGUAUUAUGCCAUUGUGAUUACAGUGGCUGAUAGCAAGGAUAGUGUAUUGAGGUGAAGUAUGUGCAAUCUUGUAUUUCCAAACUACGUGUAUCUAUGUAAUUUUUUCUCGUGUGAUGUAUAUAUAUAUAUUGAACGCAUUUUUGAUUUCAAUAGCUACAAUGUGCAAUUAUUUAAUCUGAUAUUUCAUUUUCUUAGUCUUUUGGUUUGGGUGCCUUUCGCUAUAUGCCUGCACGAUAAUGGAAUUUGAGAAAUGGAUGUAAAACUUUGGAAAUUGGAUCUUUAGAAGUUUUGGUGGUAAAUCAGUUGAAUUGAAAAUGGACGUGUUCAUGAGACAAGUGAAACUAACACUUUACAUAUCAUCAAUCCCUUGAUGAAAAAUGGAGAGACUAACGCCUGAUAUUAAUAUUGGGUACAAAUAAAAAUCUACGUUUUACAAAAUUUCUCAACUGCGUAUCAUUCCAAUUUGGACAUAGGAUUAUGCUUUUGUAUUAUUUGAAUAAAAUGUCUUAGAUGUGAGACCGGUCAUUUAGAGGAAAAGACAAAGUCAUUUCAGAAAUAAACGCAGUUUCUAAAAUUUGUUUCAUAUCUUCA